UUCGAAUAAAUAUUACUGAAAAUAUUCGAUUUGACAAAUCGGAUAAUUUACAUUUAAAAAAUGAAUAAUAAACCUAACGUGUUUAUUGAUUUUCAAACAAUUUGUCGAAUGUGUCUAGAAGAAAAUUCUAAUAUGAUAUCUAUUUUUGAAAAACAUAUAUUUCCCGAUUACAAAUCAUACAGUGAAAUGUUAGAAGAAUGUGCUUCCGUAAAUGUAUCCGAAGAUGAUCUAUUACCGAAAAAUAUAUGUACCCCAUGUUCUGAACAGCUAAUACAAAGUUACAAAUUAAAAAUUCAAUGUGUAACAUCAGAGAAAAUGUUGUUACAAUUCAUUGAAAAUGCUCAAUCAGAGGUUGAAAUUGAAGAACAUUUUAUAUAUGAUGUUAAAACAAUUUAUGAAUAUGAUGAAAAAAAAGAUGAACUCACAGAAAUUAAAGAGGAAUAUUUAGAAGAGUUUGAAACAAAAGAAUUCGAAUGUAAAGAAUGUUCAAUAGGUUUUCCCUCAGAAGUGGAAUACUUGAACCAUGUUAAAUUUAAGCAUAGUAAAAUUAAAUGUGAAUAUUGUGUUAGAGAGUUUUCAAGUUUUGAAACACUUGCAAAACAUUUAAAUUCAUCACAUAAAUUCUGUUGCAAAGUAUGUACGAAAAUAUUUACAAAUAAGAAUGAAUUAAAGCAACAUGUCACUGAUAAUUUAUGUACUACAACAUCGUUUACUUGUAAUCAAUGUGAUAAAACGUUUAAAAAUAGUAAUCGAUAUAAGAUUCAUAUGCGUAUUCAUACUGGUGACAAACGGUUUUAUGCACAUAUUGUGGAAAAUCAUUUACUGAUAGAUCUAAUUUGGCUGCUCAUAUACGAAUACAUACGGGUGAAAAGCGAUAUAAAUGCAAAAUUUGUGGUAUAACAUUCGUACAGGGUUAUUCGUUACGUAGCCAUUUAAUAACUCAUUCACAAGAGAAAAAUUACGAAUGUAAAAUAUGUAAUAAACGUUUUUCACGAACAAAUGGUUUACGACG